GCGUGCACUGUUCGUGCCGAGACCGAAAUAAAGACUAAGUUCGAGACCCUUCUUGUAGCUUCUUUAGAUUUUUGAGCGAAGAUGGCUUCAGUUCAACUGGGUGAAGGCGAAAAGACAUUUAUAAUACAUGGAAUUAAGGAUGACCUGCGGUCAGAUGGGAGAACAUGCCUAUCUUAUCGAAACUUUGAAUUGGAAUGUGGAGUAGUGUCCAACACAAGUGGAUCUGCAAGAUUGAAGCUUUCAAACACACAGGUUUUAGUUGGUGUUAAAGCUGAAAUGGGACCACCUAAUCAAUUAAAUCCUUCCCGCGGCACAAUAGAAUUCUUUGUAGACUUCUCAGCCAACGCAUCACCCAAAUUUGCCGGGCGGGGUGGAGAUGAGCUGGCAGGAGAGAUAUCCAACAUGCUUGGGCUUGUCUACAAAAAUGAAAAGAUGUUGGACUACAAAUCACUGUGUGUGAUAGCUGGUCAAUGUGUAUGGACACUCUAUGCUGAUAUAGUUGUGCUGGAAUGUGGAGGAAAUCUCUUUGAUGCCAUUGCUCUUGCAGUUAAAGCAGCUCUCUAUAAUACAAGGAUACCUUUGGUGACCGUACAGAAAGACAUGGAUGGGACUGAAGACAUUGAGGUUUCUAGUAACCCACAUGAUUUCAUCACAUUGGAUACCAAGAAUCUACCUGUACUAGUCACAGUCACUAAGUUUGACUCUGGUCACAUCGUGGAUGCAACACUUGAAGAAGAGGCAUGCAGCAUGGCCUGCAUAGUUGCAGCUGUCAACAAAGAGGGCGCCAUAGAUGGUAUAAUGAAGAAGGGAUCAGGAAGUCUGACGAUAGACAGUAUUCAUGAGAUGCUUGAUUCAGCCAAGCAGAUUGGUAAAGACCUGAACAUGAGCCUUGAUGUGUUCCUGUCAAAGAAAGGAAGAGAGAUGUCAAGCAAAGGAUUCCUCUCAUGAUGGAACAAUGGCCUUUGAACUUUGAUAUGGAGUCCAUUGAACUUUUAAACUCCAGACCAAGCAGAUGGGACGAGUUUGGAAAAUUUUCCUGUUGAAGAAGAGGAGAAAUACCAAGCAUUGGAUUCUUCUUAUGAUGGAACAUUGGCCUUUGAACUUUGACCCGAAGCCAAGUGGAUAGGACAAGCUUUGAAACUUAUCCUGCGUAAGAAACAAAAAUAAAUGUCCAGCUAAGGACUUAUCUUGUAGAAUAACAACCUUUGAACUUUGACAGGGAGUCCAUUGAACUCUGAACUCUAAACCAAGCAGACGAGCUUCAAAUUAUUUCCUGAGAAAGAGAGGGAGCUAAACAUUGGAUUACUCAUAUAGUGAACUAUGACUCAGUUUAUUCAUGGACCUAUGCUGAAUUUUAGCUGAGCAGAAUUGGAAGGACCUGACUAUGCCUUUUACAUUUUUUGUACGGCAUUUUCAUAGACUAAAAUGUACAUGUAUUAAUGUAUAUUUUAUAUUUUUUACCCAGAAAAUGGACAAAAAUGAAUACGUAUCUAUCUACGAUUUUGUUCAUAGAAAUUUGUAACUUUUUUUUCUUUUGAAAGUCUGGGUGAUAGUUUUUGAAAGAAGUGAGAUUUUUUCCAAAAUUUAUGUGUUUUGGGUAAAACUUGGCACAUGCACUGCUAUCUAUCUGCUUCAUUAUGAAUAGCAGUAAUUAAUACCAUGGUCACAUUUGCUCUACGGCGGCCGUACGGCGAGUCGGAAACAGUCGUUUUAUUCAUUUUUAU